GAUGCGGAUCAGAUGCGUAUCCUCAUGAAAGAAUGGAAGAAGUACGUCAUCAAGGCGGACUACGAAAGGCAGCUCGAAGCUGCCGAAGCCCGGCGUCGCCGAGAGGUGGCAGCUCUCGAAGAGGAACUUCGCAAGGAAUGCAACCGCUCAGCUGCCCUCCAGGCAGGGGUUCCAGGGCAAUCCAAACCCUGCCGCGCCGCCGUGGGCAGACAUUCGAGACAUCCGAGGGCUGCGGUGCACAAGCCCACAUGCGAUGAGCAGCUCUGGGUCGAGUGCAUCCAGCAGGACACUCGCGCCAUGAAGCAGCGGGGCCUGAACCUCCACAUUGUGGACGGUGACGGCGCCUGCUUGUUUCGCUC